CUCCUCUAUCUCUCUCUUUCUCUUUCUCAUAAUAUCAAGAAUCAAGAUCACCACUUAAACCUUCCAAGAUGACAUUGAGCAGAGUUGACCAACAAGUUAUUGCAUUUCCUGCAGCCAAGACUGCUCCGGCGCUUUACUUGCCUGACCCUGCAGCUUCCAUCAACAAACUACAAAUCCCAACCUCUUCAAAGGUUUCUUUUUCAACAGACAAGGGAAAAUCCAUGCUGCGAAAGAAGAAGACCGAUAGCUUCACCAACGGAGCUAGAGACCAGGACAAGUUAGGACCAAAGCUAACUGAAAAAGUUAAGAGAAAGCUAUCCUUGGGAGCUAAGAUCCUUCAAAUGGGAGGCCUAGAGAAGAUCUAUAAGCGACUCUUCAAAGUCUGCGAUGAAGAGAAACUGUUCAAGGCGUACCAAUGUUACCUAUCAACAACCGCAGGCCCCAUGGCAGGCCUACUCUUUAUCUCAUCAAAGAAGAUUGCAUUCUGCAGCGAGAAAUCGAUCAAGAUAGCUUCUCCUCAGGGAGAUAUCAUCAGGGUUCACUACAAAGUGUCAGUUCCCUUGUGCAAGAUCAAUGGAGUGAACCAGAGUCAGAACACAAAAAACCCAUCUCAGAAGUACCUUGAAGUAGUCACGGUCGAUGGAUUUGACUUCUGGUUUAUGGGAUUCUUGAGCCACCAAAAAGCUUUCAACUGCCUCGAGCAAGCGCUUUCUCUUAGCUACGAGCAAUGAUAAGCCG